AUGAGUUCUGAAAAUCGUUCGUACCUGAAAUACCCACCAGCUAUUGAGGGGCCACCUGUUCCCUACAAAUAUGAGGAUCAGUCUAUUCCGGUGUUCCGUGGGACUCCUCUGGUGAUUGGUGCAACCUUAAUUCAUAAUAUCGGUUUCAUCCAAAGUCAUUUUUGGCGAACUGCAGGCUUUGGUGUCAUUCGUGAGAUCCCUCACCUCCACCAGUACGCUGGACGCUCCGACCCAAGCGUGAUUCCGGUUGAGAAGGAUACUCCAACCGAUGUACCGACCCCCACGAUCGCGAAAAGAAAAGGAAAUAAAGGAUACUAUACAUCGGCCGAUUAUCAUGAGUUGUAUGUGUCAGGCGCGCUGACUCCUACCACGGUCGUGGAGACGCUGCUGCCUUUGAUCCGUCGCGAUGUUACACCCGCGGGCAAGCAUUCGACUGCAUUCCUCGAGUCCCAAGUUGAUAUAAUUCGUGCUGCCGCAGAGGAGUCCACAAAGCGAUACAAGCAGGGCAAGCCACUGGGACCGCUCGACGGUGUGCCUGUUGCUAUCAAAGAUGAGGUUCAUAUUACAGGCUACAAGCGUACCCUGGGCACCAAGUUAGACUUCAAGGCUGGCAAUGAUGGAACAUCUUGGUGUGUUCAAAAAUGGCAGGAAGCAGGUGCAAUCGUGAUUGGAAAGACCACCAUGCACGAGCUGGGCCUAGAUACGACCAAUAACAACCCCAAUUAUGGCACUCCCAAGAACCCUCACAACCAGAAUUACUACUGCGGCGGCUCUUCUGGUGGCUCCGGAUAUGCUGUCGGGGCAGGCCUCGUGCCCAUUGCGCUUGGCGCAGAUGGUGGAGGCUCCAUUCGCAUUCCAUCAUCAUUCUGCGGCAUCUGGGGUCUAAAGACCACACAUGGCCGCGUCUCUGGAGCUCCGUCCCUAAGUCUCGCACCAACUGUUGGUGUCCUCGGGCCCAUGGCAUCUAGCAUUGAUGAUCUGGCCGUUGCCUACCGAAUCAUGGCAGCACCUGCUCCGGACACAGAGGAUUCCACCUCGGCACUAUUCUCUCAACCAGUUCCAUUGCCCGCGGACCGGAAGCGAAAUAAGGUUAUUGGUAUUUACCGUGACUGGAUUGACCGCGCAGAACCAGCAGUCCGUGAAGUUUUUGACAGGUCGCUCAACUACUACCGCGAGAACGGCUACAGUGUCGUUGAUAUUUCAAUUCCGUAUCUCCCAGAGGGUCAAAAAGCCCAUGUCUUGACGAUCAUGGCUGAUAUUGCGUCUGGUGUCACCACCAGCCAGAUCCGACAUCUCACCGCCCCUAACAAGGUUCUUGUAUCAAUGGGCAUGUACCAGAUCACUGCACAGGAUCUCCUCGCCUCUCAGCGCCUUCGUAACCUUCUAAUGACUCACCUUUCAUAUCUCUUCCAGAAGCACCCUGGUCUGCUAAUCCUUUCCCCAACAACCCCCAUCCCAGGAUGGAACAUCCAAGGCGGAGAGGCGGACCUGGCCCGCGGUGUAUCAGAUGGCGGAAUGUCCGUACGGAACAUGGAGUAUGUAUGGUUAGCAAACUUCACCGGGUGUCCUUCCAUCAACUGCCCUGCUGGUUACGACCCUGAGACCGGAGUGCCAAUUGGCAUCAUGGCGAUGAGUGACUGGGGCACCGAAGAGGAUUUGAUUGACUUCGCGCGCGAUGGAGAGGCCAUUUUGGAUAUUCCUGCCAACAGACCACCAGCUGCUAGCGAGACAGAUGCAUCCAUGGACGGACUGCACAUUCCAGCGGCCACUGGCUCGAUUUGGGAGGAUAUUAUUGGCAAAGCUACGGGGGCCCAGUCUGCCUAA